UCACGAUCACAACAAACCACUCCUGCCUUCGAGAGACAGGCACACUUCCCAGAGAUAGUGACAGACGUGAGGCAAAGAGUAAUUGUAACAGUAUCAUAUCGCAAUAAGUCAGUGACAGCAAGCUGGAGGACUUAGAGGACAAGACACAGAGGAAGGUCUUCCUGUCUCCAGAUGGGGGAGAGUCCUACAACUGGCUGCAGCCUGAGUGCACCCCAGCUGCUAAGGCUGCUCGUGAUUACGCCAACCAGAAGAUAGUGGAAUUCAUCGUGAAGACCAAGGGCACUGACCGCCACCUGCUAGACAUCAUGCAGGGUAGGAAGCCUUCCCGCUGGCUGAAGGCCUUCUUCAAAGAGCACAGGUACUUUGUCUGCAUGGAGACCUACCUGGAGGAUGAAGACCAGCUGUUCAUCGUGGCCCGAUAUGUGCAGCGCCUCUACGAGCACAUGAAGGAACCCAUGCUGGCUCUGCGUACAGUGGACAAGGUGAGGCUUGUGAUGGAGGUGCUGCUACCAGAGGCUGUGAUCUGCUCCAUCUCUUCCCUGGAGGGCCUCGACUACCAGAGCGCUGAGAAGAAGUUUCUGAGUGGGCCCUAUGUGUGCCCUCAUGAGAGAAAGGUGUUAGACAGCGUCAUCAGGAGGAGGAGGAAGAGAUCCAGGGCCAACAAGGAGCUGCUCUGCACCCCUCCUAAGUCUGAGCCCACACCCUAG